AGGAGAAUUUUGAGUUGUCUUCUCUGUGUAAACAUUCAUGUCGUCUUUUACAACAUGAAAAGCUGAUUAAAAGAUUGCUGGAUUUGUAAAGAACUUGCACAAUUAUGGCUGUACUUGUUAAUUUCUGACAAAAAUGCAAUCAUAAAUUACUGAGAAGUAGAUUUCUAUGUGAAUCAUCAUUUGUGACACAAAUUAUGAUUUCUCCAUUUUGAAUGUUGAGAAGGAAGCAAUUGUAAUGUGCACAAGAGUGCUCUACAAGGAAAUUGUUAAAGAGAAGAUGUUUAUCACAUCCACUUUAAGGAAAUGCUUCAAAAUGUUUAAAAUUGCUGCUAUUUUUACCACAGGAAUUCCAGGCUUGUCUUACUUGUUUAAUGAUUAAAGAUUGAAUAUCUUUGAAGUUAACCCCCAACAAGGUGUGUGAUUGCAGAGAAGAAAUUAGUCUUUUUUCUCUGACAUGUGCACGACACAGACACCAUUGCUAGCCAGUUGGGUGUCCUGAGUACAAAUGCUUUGUGUUGCUCACCACCCUGAAAUUUUACAAUAAUUCGGAAUUAUUCUGAGUUUAUUUCCCUCUACUUAGAGCUGGAAAAUUAAGACUCACCAAAAAAAUGCGUGGGAUUGAAAUGAGGAAAUAAGGGAAGUCUAUUGAUUUCUAUUGAAGUCUAUUGAUUUUAUGAGUUCAGGAAACUGAACUCAUAACUCAAACAUGCACAACACUUGGUCCUUCAUGCCUACCGUAGAAGCAGUUUCUCUUUCUUGCCAACACAUUUCAGAUUGCUUAGGACCUGCAUCAAUUGCUUACAAAAAUUCUCUGCUGUUUUAUAUUAUCAUUUGUUCAUGUCAGUCAAAAUGGACUACGAUAGUGAGCUGAGCUAAAUAGUCAUUCUCUCUAAAACUAAUUAUCCCCAUUUCAUUGCUUGAGUCAUUACAAACAUAAAUGUUGAACUUGUUCUUAAGAUCUGUUGAUUUUAUGCAUUUUCUUAUUCUUUCUUAAAGAUGUCAGCAAUUCCAAAAGAUGUUUCUUACGUUUGCUUUAUAUGAAUCCAUACUUUAUUUUUGUACAAUGUUGUGAACAAAUUAGAAUUGCAGACAGCAUAUAGAGUAUAAUUGUGAAGCAUAUUUUUUAGUGUCUGAUACUUAUUUACCAAUAGUUGUGCUAAUAGAGUCUACUGUUGUUUUGAACAUUUUCAGAUAGUGUCAAAAAGAUCUGACUUCCUUACAUUAGAAAACACUUCCAGAGUGAAUAAUCAUAAACGUGGUGUCAGUACUUUUUAUAGUGAUGAAAUUGACACUUCAUCGGUAUGAAUAUGUGGUUUUGAGGAAUGAACUAUCCAUUACAACCUUUGCAAGUAUCAACUAGGUUUUGCAGUAGGUGUGUGAGAAAUGCAACAAAGAGUCUGAGAAAAAGGUCAAAAAUCAUCAAAGUCUUCAGAACUUCACAUUAAGUAUAUUAUUCUAGAAUAAGACUUUACCACUGCCGUUCAAAGUAAAUCAUUUUUGAAGAACAGCUGUAACAGACUCGACAUAGGAUCAUUUCUCAUGUCUUCACUGCUUAAUAUUCUUCAUAUUUUUUUAUUAGUUCAAAGCACUUUAGUGUUGGCUCAGUAGCUCAUGCUUCGCUGUAUUUUUUUUAUUUAUUAUUUUUUUUGCCUACAAUCGGUCAAAUAAUUCCUAAGAUCUUUGUUUAUUCUGUCUUUGACGUCACUUAUGCCAUAGAGAGAGACCUGUGUGCGCGAGGAGUGAGACCUGAUAUGGGAAAUAAACGAACGAUAAUUCAAGGCGUGUGCGUACCUGCCAAACCUGAAAUGUGUAUACUGGGCUAAACAGCCCUUAGAGCAGGAAGGUUCAGGUUGAGCUCAAUGAACAGACCACACGGUGGAGGAUUCUUCCUCUCAUUGGGUCGGGGAGCGAUGCUUCGCUGGGUCGUGCUUGCUUUGUUCAUCAGCCUCUGUGCCAUUGCUGAGGCACAGAAUAAAAAAAAGGUGAAGACUGCGACUGCGCCCCUGUCAAGAGGAUGGGGGAAAAAUAUAAAAUGGGUCAAAAGUUUUGAAGAGGGCCUGUCAGAAAGUGCCAAGAGUCAGAAACCACUGAUGGUCAUUCAUCAUCUAGACAACUGCCCACACAGUAAAGCUCUGAAGGAGGCAUUUGUUGCUGAUAAAUCCAUCCAGAAAAUGGCCAAAGAUGACUUCAUCAUGCUUAACGUGGUGGAGGAAAUUGGGGACAAGCAUCUGGCUCCUGAUGGCUAUUAUGUUCCCAGAAUCCUCUUUGUUGAUCCAUCUCAGACUGUGCGCGCAGAUAUUGUGGGGAAAUACGAAGAGCGUCUCUACACCUACGGCCCAGAUGAGAUGGAGCUCUUGGCAGCAAACAUGAAGAAAGUCAAACUCCUGCUGCACAGUGAACUCUGACGCAGCUCCGCUUCUACCAGGUUGCUCCUGCAGAAAGGCCAGCACUGAACUGUUACAUGGUCUUAUAGAGCUCACUUAAACCAACAUUAAAGAGAAGCAAGUGUUAUUUUAUUCAUGCAUUUGUAAUAUUUCGGUUGCUGUUCUGCAGUAGUGCUUUUUUAUGUCGAGAAAUGGCUGCAUACCUCAGAAAAAAGUGGGAAAACAACUUCAAAUGUCAAGUUCUUUGCAAUGUGUUGUUGUGUCUUAACCACAUUGAAAUAAAUGCAAUUUCAAUGAAAA